AAUGGAAAACCAGGAAAACGCAAGAGCAGCCUUCUGUUGACGUUGAAAAAGACAAAUUGCUUUUCAUUUCCUAUUCUGAUUUGUAGUUAUCCUGUGGAUUAUCUCAUUAUAUUAAGAAGGGGGAGAAGAGAACAGCCACUUUUGUAGGUCAAAUUGUGUGGCGAUUUUCUCUCUGAUCAGAUUGUCUACUCGUCUUCUUCCAUGUCGGUUUUUGGGAUCCAAAGCCAGCUCCUUGAAGUUACCGUUGUUGGGUGCAACAAGUUGAAAGAUACAGAAUGGAUUUCAAGGCAAGAUCCAUACGUUUGCGUCGAGUACGGCAGCAACAAGUCCCGUACAAGAACCUGCACAGAUGGUGGUAAAAAUCCCACAUUCCAGGAGAAAUUUGUCUUCUCGCUGAUUGAAGGGCUCAGAGAGCUGAAUAUUGUGGUUUGGAACAGCAACACCGUGAAUCGUGAUGCUUUCAUAGGCAGUGGAAAGGUUCAAUUGCAGAAGGUACUUUCACAGGGCUAUGAUGACAGUCCUUGGCCAAUUCAGUCUAAAACUGGCAGAUACUCUGGAGAAGUACGACUAAUAUUGCAUUAUUCAAAUGCCAAUAAACCAGCAACAAGCUAUGCUCCUGCAGCGCCACCAUACGCAGCUCCUCUUCACCAAGCCCCUUUGUACUCUAUGCCGCCACCAGCAGCCACAAGUGCUUAUCCACCUGCAGCUACUGCAUAUCCUGGUCCAUCUCCUUAUUCUGCAUACCCACCAAAUUCGGCAUAUACACAAUCCGCAUAUCCACCUCCUCCCCAAGCUGCAUAUCCUCCCCCAGCAUACCCUCCAGCUUCUGCAUAUCCUCCUCAUGCCUAUCCACCACCUCCACAAGCCUCGCCAUAUCAUCCUCCAGGUCCUUUUCCUGGACAACAUUUUCCGCCACCGUACUGAGGGAGAAUCCAGUAUGCAUAACUGAAGAAGCAAACAUCUCAAAUCCACCGUAGUUCGCAUGUAAAGUUAUUUGAGUUUAUUGAUUAUGAUUUUGUCAUUUGUAUUGUAUUUAUCUGUUUUUCUUGUCUUUAAUAAAAUAACAUUUUGAAGUUAGGUAUAAAGAGUUUGUAUCUAA